UUUGUCAUUGCGAUGGCCGUGUUGUGAAUGUGUGGUUUUUGUAUUUUAUUGUUUACUUGGCAUUUUUUUAUUGCUUUUCGGCUUUCUUUGUACGUCAUCGUCCUCGCCAGACAUAAACGAGAUAGCGAAAAAAUCAUAAACACAAUUUCUUAUUAGAAAUGUGACAAGUUAUGUGACGCGCGUAACGGAGGCAUCGUUUCCUACAUUCUUACACCAUAAAUGUAACGUAACGUUUGUUUCCUGUGUGAUGUUAUUGCAAAUCGGCGCCGGGUAACCCAGGAAGAUGCCUUUCAAGUUGAAGCUGAAGAAAACGCGGCAAUACAAUGUGGCUUCGAAGAGUUUGUUCGUGAUAAGUGUGGAGCUGCUGGAUGGAGGUGUCGCGGAUUGUACGCUGUCCGUGGACAGUUCAGGGCAGGAGUGUCUCGACAAUGUGUGCCAGAGGCAGGCCAUAAACCAGCCGGAGUUCUUCGGGCUGCGCUACAUCGACCGCAGUCAGCAGCCGCGAUGGGUGCAGCUGGAGAGACCUCUCAAGCGCCAACUGGACAAAUAUGCGUCUUCCCACCAACUGUAUCUGCGUGUGAUGUACUACGUCAUAUCUGGCACGAGCCUGAUCACUGAUGAGGUGACCAGAUACCACUACUUCCUGCAGUUGAAGAACGAUUUAGUGGAAGGUCGUAUAAUCUGUGAUUGCCAGCAAGCUGUGGUGCUAGCCUCGUACAGCAGGCAGGCUGAGUAUGGGAAUCACGACCGAGAGAGGCACACAGUGGAGUACUUGAAGAAUUUGCUGACAUUUCCUAAGCAGAUACUAGAUGGCGGGCAGAUCAUUGACAGCAGCACCCUGGCAGAGACAGGAAAGCUGGAGUACCUCACCGCAGCCGUGAUACAGCACCAUAUGGCGCUCCACAACAUGUCUCAGGCUCAAGCCGAAGAAGGCUUCAUCACAGCAUGCCAGCAGCUGCGCGGCUACGGGCAAGAGAUGUUCGCGGCGCGCAACCAGCGCGACCAGACCGAUGCCACCAUCGCCAUCUCGCUCACCGGCAUUCGGGUGCUCACCGAGGCCAGCGACGCGCCCACCUUCUAUAGAUGGAUGGACAUAACGAACGUGAUCAACCACAAACGCACGUUCAGCAUCGAGUGCUGUAAGGCGGAGUCGGCAUCGUUCGCGCUGCCGUCGCCCGAGGACGGCAAGUACGUGUGGCGCGCCUGCAUCCGCCAGCACACCUUCUACAUGCGCCACCAGCGCGCGCUCAGCGAGCAGCCCUACGACGAGCCCCGGCCCAACUUCCAGGAACAUGGUCUAUCGGAGAGCCGCGAGGAACUUGAGGUGCGCCCACCGCCGGAGCUGGGCAGCGCGCGCCUGCAGCCGCUGACCGCCGCGCACCGUGCGCACUCCACAUCCUGCCUCGAGCUGGCCGAGCCGCACCCGCCGCUCGCGCAUAGAAACAGAGCGCUGCUGCCGUCGUACCGGCCGGCGCCGGACUACGAGACGGCCGUGCAGCAGAAGCACCAGCAGCAGCGCCUGGCCGCGCCGGGCCCGCCGCGCGGCUACGGCUCGCACCCCGAUAUGCAGCGGCUGCCCUACGACCGGCGCGCGCGCCCCGACGACUACUAUGCGCUCGACUACCGCGCGCCCUACCCGCUCGUGCCCUACGUCAACGUGUAUGAACAGAGUGAUGCGGCAGUGUACAAGCCGCCGCCGCCCUAUCCAGCGUCCAGCUCCACGCCCGACUUGGCCAGCCUGGCGCCGCCGCGGCCGCUGCUCGCCGUCACCGGCUCCAGCCCCGACCUGGUGUCCGCGCGCUACCUCGUGCUCGGGCUCCGCGCGCCGCCCUCGCACGGCACCUACGGCGACCUGCCGUCCGUGCUGGUGGGCCCGCGCGCCUACGACGACAGGUACCGCGCGCCCUACCGCCGCCCGGCGCCGCCGAGCGACCACGAACCCAUCUACGAGAACGUGCCGCUGCCCUGGCAGAGCGAGCGCAAUAUCGCCAUGCGGGACCGAGCCCAGAGUUUAACGACGACGGAUGAAAUCGCGAGGUUGAACGAACGAAACGGCAGCCAUCCCGCCAUAAAUAACUACGGAAACCUGAACACCACGCUGAACGUGCCGAGAUAUCACGUGCCGAUGAAGAUCGAAACGCCCGACAGCCACUACGUGAACGCUCAAAUAAUAAAGGGCGUCCGCGAGUCGAGCGUACCGAAAGAAGCUUCCAACCGAUCGAUAAACAGGGACGAGUUUGAAAACGUGACGCUGGCGGUCGACCGAAUAUCGCUGCGGCAGGACGAAAAAGAGUGCGACGAGACGCCGUAUCAAAGCCUGUCGCCGCAUCGCGUGUCGAACAACAACACGAUAAACAAGUCGGACAACGUGACGUCGAUAAAGAUCAGCGAUCAGUCGGCGUACGACCGCGGCGGGGACAUGGCGCCCGAAUUAUCGAGCUCGACGAACUCGGAGGCCAACGAGACGAAGACGAGUUUGAGCAGCAAGGAGAAGAAACGGCGGCGCUGGGGCGUGUUCAUGGGCCGCGGGGCGAAGCCCGAGCUGCGGAGCGCCACGCUGGGCCGCGACCGCGCCAAGCCCGCGCCGCAGCCGCCCAACAAGCACCGCUGGUCCACCGGCCUGCCCAAGUUCCAGCCGCUACCUCCGAGCAUUACCAAAGAAACUUUGUGCCAACUCCUCGAGCGGAAGAUGUCAGAUGAACAAGUGGCAUUCGCGUUCGAGCGGCUGCCCAAAGGUCGCGAGCGCGGCGGCUCCGUGCAGACGGCGCUGCUGGCGGAGCACGCGGCGCUCAACGGCGGCGCCGACAGCCUGCCCUACGACGACAACCGCGUGCGCCUGCGCCCCACGCCCGCCAACCCGCACGGCUACAUCAACGCCUCGCACGUCACGGUAGGUGGCGGGGCUCCGCAGACGGCGCUCAACGGCGGCGCCGACAGCCUGCCCUACGACGACAACCGCGUGCGCCUGCGCCCCACGCCCGCCAACCCGCACGGCUACAUCAACGCCUCGCACGUCACGAUGACGGUGGGCAGCACGCAGCGCUUCUACGUGGUGAUAAAAGUGGGCGUGGGCGCGCCGGCGGGGCCGGGCGGCUGCGGCUGCGGCUGCGCCGGCGUGUGGGACUGCGCCUGGACCGUGGGCGCGCGGCUGCUGGCGCUGGUGGGCGGCGCCGCCUGCCCGCACUACCUGCCCGCCGGCCGCGCCGCGCUCGAGCUGGGCGGGUGCGUGGUGUCUUGCGUCUCAGUCUCACGGGCCCGCUGGGGGGCCUCGACCCGGGUGCGGGUGUCCCGAGGGGGCCGCGCGCGACUGCUGUGGCACGUGCACUACACCAACUGGCCGGACGGGCAGGCCGUGCCCGACGCUGCUGACUUUCUCAGUUUCCUCCUCGAAGUGAACGGUCUCCGGCUGGCGUGUUCAGCAGAAGCGGCGGCGGAGGGGCAGCAGGACACGGCUCCGCCUGGCAGGCGGGGCGGGGCCUGGCCGCUGGUGGUGUGCUGCUCCCGCGGCCGCGGCCGCAGCGGGACCGCGCUCGCCGCCGACGCGCUGCUGCACAUAGUGGACAACAACCAGGAGCUGGACAUCCCGCGCACCAUCAGCAUGCUGCACCAGCAGCGCGCCAACCUCGUGGACAGCGCGCCGCAGUACCAGCUGCUGCUGCGUCUGCUGCUGCACUACCUGCGCCAGUCGCGACUCAUCUGACCCGGCUCGUCUGACCCGCCUCGUCGGAGCGGUGAGCUGAAGUCAACUCUAUAGCCUUGGAUAUAAGGCACAAAAUGUGCCUGUCACCUGUCUGUAACGCCAUACAACUCUAACCAGUCGCACCUCAGCUGACCCACCUCAUUCUAGCGGUGAGCUGAUACCAACCUUAAGCCUUGGAUAUAGGGCACAAUGUUCUGAGCUACCUGUCUCUAACGCCAUUCAACUGUAACCAGUCGCACCUCAUCUGACCCGCCUCGUCGGAGCGGUAAGCUGAUACCAACCUUAAGUCUUGGAUAUAGGGUACAAAAUGUGCCUAGCUAUAGUCCGGUCGCCGAGCACGUAGAAUUUUGGCUGAUGACCCCAAGCUGGAAUCCUUAUCGCUCGCGCGUAAUUAUGUUGGUGUCGCGCUCGCACACUCACUGCGGGCGCCCGUCGCACAGUCGCGACAGCAAUAUAAUUACGUGCGAGCGAUAAGGGUAGCUUGGGGUCAUUGGACAAAAUUCUACGUGCUCACGGACCGGGCUUUACCUGUCUGUAUCGCCAUUCAACCCUAAACUGUUCUAGGGUAGUCAAAGCCUUGGAUAUAUGGCAUAAAGUGUCUUGAGCUACCAGUCUGUAAUGCCAUUCAACUCUACCCAAUCCCGGCUCAUUUGACCGGUGAGCUGAUACCAACCUUAAGCCUUGGAUAUAGGGCACAAUGUCCUGAGCUACCAGUCUGUAACGCCAUUCAACUCUAAACUGUUCUAGGAUAGUCAACCUUAAAGCCUUGGAUAUAUGGCAUAAAGUGUCCUGAGCUACCAGUCUAUAACGCCAUUCAACUCUAACCAGUCCCGCCUCAUCUGAGCGGUGAGCUGAUACCAACUUUAUAGCCUUGGAUAUAGGGCACAGUGUCCUGUAACCUAAUUCACGUAACAAAACUUCAAUGACAUGCAAGCGAUUUGAUCGCUGGAGUCACUUUUCGUAUUUCAAUUUCGUUUUUAUGCGUGUUCAAUUCAUUCACCUACUACCUAUUUUGAAGUUUGAUUCAAAUUAUUAAACGUCAAAUGACAAAUCGCUGAGUUGCGAUCCUAUCGAGUAAUCUUUCUAUCAAAAUGACACGUGAAUAUACACUGAGGACUGUUUUUAAAUAGGACGACUUCUAAACGUCAACGGAUUUUUCUGUGUCAAAGUACGUGAAUUAGGCCACUGAGCUACCUGUCUAUAUCGAUAUUCAACUCUAAAGCUCUGGACAUACGGCACCUAAUGUCCUGAAACAAGUGAGCAACUAACCUCAGAUACUACUUAAGUGCCUCUGUUGAAUGAAAUUCAAUUCAAUUCAACGUUAAAGCCUUGGAUACGGGGCAUUAAAUGUCCAACCAAAGCUAGUGAGGUUUCUCAAGUGUUUAAACCCUCAUUUCCACUAGUGGCAACGACUCUAAAGCAUCGGAUACAGAGUAUUAUAAAUAUCUCGAAACAAUUAAGGAACUAAUGCGUUGCGUAUAACUUAUCUUCCAUCAAGCGUUCCGAUCAUACUAUGCUUUUACCUGACAUUGUUUGAAUACGUCACAAGCUCCAAAGCACGUACAAUAUUUUCUCUCAGUUUUUGAUUCACAAUAGAGUCCCACUUGUGCGGGACAUCGCGUAGUUUUCAGUAAAUCUUUCGGUUUGGACAUCCCACGGUAAUGUCCACUCUUAUUUAAUCCCCUCAUGUAUUCAAGGCUCUAUAUUCGAAUUGAAAAAACGUCGCUAUAAUCGUAAAUUCUGUAAUAUAGCUAUUACCCUACGUCCUUGUAGGUAAGGUGCAUUUAGUUGUGCACGCUCACGCUAGCCAAAUAAAAUAAUGUAUACGAGGUCACUUUGACAACUUCAGAGUUGUCAAGUAAUAAACGAAAAAUGAAACGAGCCCGAGUCACUUCACAUAACAUAUUCGUCUUGCUCGCUCACGCCGGCAACCCAAGACGAGUAAGAGAAAUAAAAGGUUUAAGAAGUGGACUCAUUGGUAAAAUAACGAAUUUUAAAACUGUAUUCGAGGAAUAAAAAUAUUGCAUUGUUAUAAGAAAUUUUGAAACUGGUGAUUUUCAACUGUUUUUAGAAUAAUGAUCCUGUUUUAUUUUAACACUUUUUACGUAAAAUAAAACAAAUGCUCAUUUUCUUAUCAGUCACUAGGAUUAUUAUAAUUUGAUACGAGUUUUUUGUAGAUACUUGAUUACAUAUUUAUAAUUAUACUUUAUUUAAUGUACCCCUGUGAAAUAUUAUUCAGAUUACCAUGAUGAUGAAUUUAUUUACAUUGUGAUAUUCAUCAUUUAUGAGUACUCAAAUAAGAUCGGAAAUAAAUAAAUUAUAAUAACUCACUAAAUGAAGUAAUAAAAUAAGUUUAUUCGUCAAUAAUUACUUACUUUACCACCGUUAUAAGUUUCAGAAUAUCGAGAUUUCACUUAUUGACUGACGACUAAUCUUCCAUCUUUUCGUCUAGUUGUUUUGUAUAAUAUGUCUUUGUAAUUAAAUGAAAAAAGAAAACCAACUACAAUAAAUGAACUUUAAAAGUAUUAUUACUAAUUAGAUAAAAUGAAUUUACUUGUGCCUUUACUGUGUUAAACUAAAAUGUGUAUUUGUAUAAAUGGUAUAAUAUUCUUAAUCUUAUAUGUAGUUGAUAAGUUCAAUCAUGUGCCUUACAAAUCGGAGAUUAUUCGCGAUCUGAUAUCAUUUUAUACGUGCCUUCGUAGAUUAAGUAUUACUAAUUUUACUCGUGUCUACGCUAAACGGUACGCGAGUGCAUAGAGAUUUCUCGCUCUAUGGUGAAGUGAAGGUACAGAUGACAGCAUGUCAAGGGAAACACCGUGGCUUUUAAUGUAGUUGUAUUAGGAGCCAUUUUGCAACAAAAAUGUGAUGCCAUCUGUACAUCUCGUCCACGCAAAAACUGUUUUUAGGUCAAACGGCAACUUUUUGAAACGUUCAAGAAUAUAUUUUUCUGGACCAGUUUAGAAGAAUCAAUAUGCUAAAAUUAUAAAGCUGAGAUUCGUUAUGUAACAUUAUACCUGCAUGAUGUAUGAUAUAAAUGUAGGAUGUUAUAAUUUGAGUAACAGAAUCAAGUAUCAAGCGUCCUUUAAAUAGAGAGCUUCAUAGAAAAGGGUAAGAAAAAAAAUCGAAAAUGUAUUUUCUUUACCCACCUAUCCCGCCUUCCUGAGCUGUAAGAAUUCAAGACAUCUGUUCAGCUUCCAAGGUUCAGAGACUGGUUCCUUGGCACUAAACAGACGGAACUGAAGUAACACAGUGCGAGCUCCGAGGCCGAGUUCCGUGACCCGAGGUUCCUGGCCAAUGUUCCGAGUUCCAGAACUGAGUUUCAGGUUCCGUAUUCUAGAGCCUGAGUUCCGAAGGCCGAGUUCCGAGUUCGAGGUGCCGACUGAAUGUGCUUAGUUCCUCUACGGGGCCGAGUUCCAAGUCGAAGUUCUGCGGAACUGUAGCAGAGUCUGAAUUCCCAGCUUCAGGUUUUCCGUUUCCAAAUCCAUUGCAAAUAUAGACCAUAAUUUUUAAAUCAACUAGAUGUUCAAAGCUGAGUGAAGCACAAGUGGGUCUUAUUUGGCUACCUACCUACAUUUGUAUAAUAAAUCAUGUUGUAUAAUUUAUUUGUAUUGUAACCUAACGAAUCUACAUUAAGUUGAGGCCCGUGGACCAGUUUUUGCGUGGACAAGGACCGCUACGAUGCGCGUGUCUUAAAGCUCAUUAGUAAUUUAUUAAAAUAUUCUAAUAGGUAUUAUGACACCAGUCAAUGCAUUAUUAUUUAAAUUUAGCAAUGUAAAGACUCUUUUUGAAGUUGACGAAUCAAAUGUUGUUUUAUUUCAAACAUUCUCUUUCUAGUAGAGACUUACCACGAGAAUAUUGUUACUGGUGUCAUCGCGCCUAAAUAAAUUAACACAAAAAUCUUACGUUACAUUAACGCCAAUUGGCAAGCCAUAAUGCACUGUCCACUCCCGACAGUAUUAAGUAUAGACCUACUAAAUUAAACAAAAUGUCACCAUAAAAGUUUAAGUCUGAGUUAAACCAUCAUUAGGCAAGUGGAUUUCAUUGUAUUCGUAGAUAUGUUUUGUGCUGGUAAGCCUAAUAAAUAAUGAAUUUGCUCACACAUUUCAAAUAGAUAAAAAUAAGAAUGUAACGUAAGCUUUUUGGAGAAAAGAGAUUAUAACUUCAUAAAGUGUCUUAUACAAAACUCAAGUUUUUGAUAAUUUUUACGUUGUCUUGUAUAUUGUGUGAUUUACAGUACUGUUCGGGUGCGUUCGGAUGUGUUCAUAUGUGUCAAUGUUCGUAUUUUCUAGUCCCGUGGCAACUAUAUUACUGUUAGGGUGUGUUUUGUAAUUUGUUCCGUUUUAUAAUCGUUUUAAGCACAAAAGUUUUAUAAGCACUACGUUUUUGUCUCUGGUUUUAUAAUUUUGUAUAUUGUUUUGUAUGAUAAUUUUAUUUAUACGGUAUUUACUGAACGAUUUUUAUUAUAUUCGAAUUCAUUCAUGUAUCAAAUUCAGUAUUGAAAUGUAUUUAUUCUGUUGUGAAGAUGUUCGUUCUCAUUUAUUAUGCGAGUAUAAUAACAGAGAGAGAUGUAUUUCAUGAAAGCAAUAAUUUUCUCAAACUUUGUGAUGUUUGUAUUGACAAUAAAAAUGUUAAUAUCAA